ACUAAUUGCAGUUUGAACGAAAUAGUAAAACACGUGAUUAUCAAACGGAGAGAACGCAUUAGUUUUUAAAAUAAUUUGUGGAAAAUGAAGGGAAAAUGAAGGCGAUUUGAACUCUUUUGAUUCAAAUUUUGUUUCUACUUCAUUUCCGUUCUUUUUAGUUCAGGCACGUGGUUUCUUCAAUUUUAGUCACAUGAAUGUUUCCAACUUUAUUAUGCUCGGGUCGUUUUACUUAUGACUAAAUACUCGGUUGUUGUUUCACGAAUAUUAAUGGUACGCUUGAAAGCGGUAAACGUGUCAAAGCCUAACGUUCUAGUUUUUUUAAAAACGUUGAAUUAGUCACCUAAACACAGACCGAAAAAUCCGGCUGGUACAAUACUAAAUGAGUAAUUCGAGUUAUUAGACAAUUUCACCGAGUUAAAUGUAUUGAUAUCUAAAAUAUAGUUAGUUGGUUAUAGUAAAUUGAACUGGAGUAAUAUCUUUUUGUGGGAAAUAAGAGUUGGUUGGCUUGACUUCGUAUGUAGUGAAGAAAAAAGGAAUACUAUGUUAAUUUCCUGUUAUAGUUGGAUUGGAAUUGGAAUGUACUUGGAGUAUUUUGACGUCGUUUUGAAAUGACUUCGACCAUAAAAGUGGACUGCUUAGUAUUCCCUUCGCUACUAUUUUUACUAUUACUUCUAUAGCGUAAAUUUCUAAUGACAUGGAAAAAUAGUAGUUGCGUAUGACUCAUCGUGUUCAAACCGUACUGCGGCGGCGAUAAGGCGCAUUUUGGAGCGAUUUGUUGACGCGGUCGAAUGUAUUAUACCUACAACCUACCAUUAUAGCAGUACCACCAAGAAACUUUCAAAGUUAAUAAGUGUCUUUUUCAUUGUUUGACUGGAGUCUCAGUUAAGGCAGUGGCUGAGCCAGCUGCCACUGUUAGUAGAUCUACGAAACCUCAAAACAUCUUGCAUUUGAAAUACCGGAAAAAAAACAAAAACAGCUGAAAUAUAAUGCUUUCUUUUGAUCGUUGAGUUAAACAUUGUUAUUUCAUUUUUGAGCGAGCGAUAAUUUUACCAAGUUUGCAAAAUUAGUUGACUAAUUUUUAAUGAUUGAUCAAGGAGAAAACUUGCAAAACAGGCUCUCAUUUAUUUCGAUUGAGAUAUUAAAAAUGCUCUCCGAUUCAAAUUCUGCAGAACGUUUUCUGUCAAAACACGUUCCUGCGAUAUACAAUUCAACAAUGCAUCAUAUUGUUGGCUCAAUUCUAUAAGCUAGCUAAUACAAUUGGACAUUGGACGUGCCUUGCGGUGCCUCGUCAAACGAAUCAAAAAUCCAGUUACUCUGCUUAUAAAUUGAACGCCUCUCGCUAGAAAUAUAAAGCAGUCUGUCUGGUAUAUAUUACAUCAUAUCAUCAUCAUUGCAUCAUCAUCAGUCUCCAGCUGAGCUCCGAUUGAAGAUUUGUGUUUUCCCAACACGACAACUGGCAACAAAAGAUUAUUUGAAGCACAUAAAAGCUCAUUGCAAUCAAUUAUUUCUUAACACAGAGUCAUAGUUUCGUAUGACUAUGGACUCGUACCAGUGCCAUGACCUUUCCAUGGCCUCCGCGUCUUUAUCACCUCUCGUUCUGGCCUCCAACUCGUCCUCCCCUCAGCCUGGUUCUCCCCUGGUGAAAAGCAAUGGGUCCCCCACUUCUUCAAUGAAUGGCAGCAGUUCGGCUACUCCAGUGAGCUCGUCGUCCAAUCAGAAGACGAGGAUGGUGAUCGAUUGGACCGACUGGGAAGCGGAGAUACUGAUGACGGAGUACGAGACACACAGGUGUUUGUGGGACCCCAGCCACCCUAACUAUCACAGCAAUAGUGAGAGGACACACGCGUACGUGAAGAUACUGGACAAACUGGGAGACAAGUUCAACAUCACAGACAUCAAGAAGAAGAUCAACUCAAUCAGAACUCAGUUCAACCAGGAGCGAAACAGACUGAUGAAGAUGAACGAGAGUGGGAUUGGGCGGACGGAGGACACCCGCUUCAAGUACUACGACAGACUCUCCUUCCUCGCAGAGAGUGUGGACAUCCGCCGCAACCAGAGAUCCAUCACUCCCAAGUCUUCAGAAGAUGCUCCUUCGUCGAUAUGUGCUGCCAGCUCCUCUAUCCCUUCCAUAGCACAACAUCUCACAACAACCACCUCAGCAUCAUCAGUAAUGAGUUGCUCCGACCCCCCUUCUGGUCUGGACCUCCUCAAGAGUCACCAGACAGCCGCGCUCACGUUAGCCAACCUCGGGAACUCAGCUUUGCUCAAUGGAACAGCUGCUGCUUAUGCUUCAGUUGCCGCCACUGCACAUCAGAUGUCGUCGCCAGGACGACCUUUAAGUGGACUCAGUGCCUCCGAAAUAUCAGCUUUGAUCCCACCCCUUCUCAGUUCGGAUUUGGUUUCAAAGUUGGCCGAAGAGCGAUCAAAUCUAGUCGCAUCUCAUUUGAACAGUCCCAGGAUUCCAAACGGGAUUCCACUAAGCAUAUCAACUACAGGAUCCGACGAUUCUAUGAUAAUGUCCAGGAGCUUCGGGGAUUCCAGGACACCGAACAGUGGCUCGUAUAUGAACGGGAGUCUUUCUGGAAAGCUUCCAGUGCUGUAUAAUGGAGUAGACGCGAACAGAAACGAGGAGUCGGGUAGUGCAUCGUCUUGCACUCGGGUGCCGACUAUCAUGUAUCACGGGUCAGCCAAUCACAUCCCGAUCAGUCCUGUGACUACCUAUCAGCAACAGACAUUUCACAACUCUAGUAUCAACUCGAACUCAGCCUCAACAACACUGCCUAAUUCCAGCGCCUCAAGUUGUACCUCACCCGUUGCUAGCAUCAAGCAGGAAAUGCCAACGCCCCUGCCCCUCCCUUGUUCAGCCCCUCUCUACUCAAACAGCGAUCUCUCUUCCCCCACUAAGGCUACGAGCAAGCCCACCUGUGCAAUCCUCCCCGAGGCCAACAAGAGCAGGUCAUUUGUCGCUCCUCAGAUGAACAGCAGCCAAUCAGGAGGCUCCACAUCACUGCCUCUAGCCUCGUCAGCCAAUCAGAGCUCGAAUAGCUUACGUAGCAUGGUGCCUCCAAGAAAGCGACAGAAGUUCGCAAAUAUGCACGAAGGAAUUCCGCCUAACAACAGUUCAACACUUCAUAUUCCGAAAAACUCGACGGUCAACUUACAAGUAAACGAAGCGAGAAAUAAAACAGAAGAAUUCAAACAGUAUGGGGCUGACGAAUCUUUUGGAGCGUAUAUUGCGGCUGAGAUAAAAUCAAUCCGAAACCAGUCUAUCAAAAAUAAACUCAAGCUCCAGAUCAUUUCGCUUAUCAUUCAAAGCUCAAACGACGAGAUUUUGGGUUUUAAUGUGUACGAAUAAACUUUUUAAACUUACGUGUUGCUAUUUGUUUGUUUGGAACCCUACAUGGCAAAAUGAACUUCUUCGCGCAUGCUUUAAAAAAAAAAACAUUAAAAAUCGACUUUACAUGACACCAUGAACAAGUUUUUUGGUAUUUGAAUUAUUGAGAAUAGAGUAUGUUCAUUUUGCUAACAACUCAUCUGCACUUGUUGAGUUGCUUUGCCAUGUUAAUAUUGAUUGACUGAUCUUUCCAGAUGCUUUUUGUGCCUGUGCGCUAUUCCGACUGUUCACAUCGCUUUUUUCUUCCUUCCUUUUGUCGUCAAAGUAGGCCCACUGUUAUCCUAUAUUUUUCUAUGUAGUCAGUUCAUUCUAGUCAGUUCUACUCUUUUAGUGUCUUGUCUACUCUCAGUAGAUAUCUUCUCGACUCUUCAGAAGUGCAUUUAUACGUGUCACAACACAACCUCAGACAGGCGAUGUAGCUUUUUCAGACUUUUCUAGAUCAUUCUAGACUCUUAGGUCUCUUUUUUGUUUCAAUAUGAUUUGACAUUUCUUUUUGACGUUAUCUUUAACUAUGUUCAUUUAUCGCAAAACUUUAACUUGUGUAGUAUAAUAACCUGGAAAUUCAAUUUCAAAGAAGUAUCCAUAUCUUUUCUAUGAUUGCUAUGAUUUUAUAUUUUGUCCAUUCGCUGUAUUUCACGCAUUUCUAUUUGCCAAUAUAAUAUUUGUUUCGGAGAUUGAGAAUAGAUUACCAAUAUUUUUCUAUUUGUGCUCUUCAUUUUUCUCAUUGUUAAAAUCACUUCUGAUUUUAUAUGAUGGCCUUUUGCUCCAUUCGUUUCUUUGUGUCUCCAGUGAAGCUUUCAAGACUCUUCCUACUUUGUACUGUACUAGUAUCACCAUUGUAUCAAUAAGUUCAAGUUUCAGAUCUCAACGUUUUGUGUGUCUUUUUCAGUAUUCUAUGUCAAAAUGCUUUUUUCAAUUUAAAUGUAUGUCCCUCUUAUGAAAAUAAAAUGUAUCCUAAA